GGUACGGGGGGGGCGGUCUCCGGCUGCAGACACCGGCGCCUGCAACUCGCUUCUUCCGCUCGCUGGACCGCAAAGCUAGCAGCAACAAGACCUGCUGAGACCCGUCUGUGUGUUCAUGCAGCAGAGUGGGAAACAACCGCGUUGUCUCACACCAGACGGUUUGCUUUUAAUCAUCUGACGAACGAGCAAGCUAACGUUUUUUUCCUACGGUUUAGCUCGUAUUAAAAGUGAGUACCAGGCAAGGCUCUGGGCGUCGUUUCCCAGCUAACGUUAUCUGUUAGGCCCAAAAGCCCAACUAGUGUCCCAGACGAGAAGUACACUCGGCUAAACAACACAAUUAGCCGGUUGCUUUGUUGGACUUAACAGCGUAUCCCUAUUAUCAGAAGCCCGUGUGGUCAAAAUGAGAGGUUAUGGAGACAGAGACAGAGACCGGGACCGUGGACGGGACAGGGGAAGCCCUCGGUUCGGGUCCAGCAGAGGUGGCCCUCUCCCCGGUAAAAAGUUUGGGAACCCCGGGGACCGUUUGCGCAAGAAGAAAUGGGACUUGGACGAGCUGCCCAAGUUUGAGAAGAACUUCUACAGUGAACAUCCGGAGGUGCAGCGGAUGAGCCAGUAUGAAAUUGAAGAGUUUCGCAGGAAGAAGGAAAUUACUGUCCGAGGUUCUGGUUGCCCAAAGCCUGUCACCAACUUCAAUCAGGCUCAUUUCCCUCAAUAUGUAAUGGAUGUGCUGAUGCAGCAGAACUUCAAGGAGCCCACAGCCAUUCAGGCACAGGGUUUCCCUCUAGCCCUCAGUGGUAGAGACAUGGUGGGCAUCGCUCAGACUGGCUCUGGGAAAACCUUAUCGUAUCUGCUGCCUGCCAUUGUGCACAUCAACCAUCAGCCCUACUUGGAGCGAGGAGAUGGGCCCAUUUGCUUGGUCCUGGCCCCCACCAGAGAACUGGCGCAGCAGGUACAACAGGUGGCGUAUGACUAUGGAAAGUCAUCCCGCAUCAAAAGCACAUGUGUGUAUGGGGGCGCUCCAAAGGGACCACAAAUCCGUGACCUGGAGAGAGGUGUUGAGAUCUGCAUCGCCACCCCAGGUCGUCUUAUUGACUUCCUGGAGGCUGGAAAGACCAACCUGCGGCGCUGCACGUAUCUGGUGCUGGAUGAGGCUGACCGCAUGCUGGACAUGGGUUUUGAACCUCAGAUCCGCAAGAUUGUGGACCAAAUCAGGCCUGACAGACAGACCUUGAUGUGGAGCGCCACCUGGCCUAAAGAGGUUCGCCAGCUGGCCGAGGACUUCCUGAAGGACUACGUGCAGAUCAAUGUGGGGGCCCUAGAGCUCAGCGCCAACCACAACAUCCUGCAGAUAGUUGAUGUCUGCAUGGAGAGUGAGAAAGACCACAAGUUGCUCCAGCUGAUGGAGGAGAUUAUGGCUGAGAAGGAGAAUAAGACCAUCAUAUUCGUGGAGACCAAGAAACGGUGUGAUGACCUCACACGGAGGAUGAGACGGGAUGGGUGGCCUGCGAUGUGUAUUCAUGGUGACAAGAGCCAGCCAGAGAGAGACUGGGUUCUUUCAGAGUUUCGCAGCGGCAAAGCUCCGAUCCUCAUUGCUACUGAUGUGGCUUCACGUGGUCUGGAUGUGGAGGAUGUCAAGUUUGUCAUCAAUUACGAUUACCCCAAUUCAUCGGAGGACUACAUCCACCGUAUCGGCCGUACGGCCCGCAGUACCAACAAAGGCACGGCCUACACCUUCUUCACUCCGGGAAACCUCCGCCAGGCCCGCGAGCUGAUCCGGGUUCUGGAGGAGGCCCGUCAGGCCAUUAACCCCAAACUGCUGCAGCUGGUGGACACUGGCCGAGGGGGAGGCGGAGGAGGCGGCCGUCCUCGUUUCCGUGGCAGCUCCAACUCAAACAAUCCCAACCUGAUGUACCAGGACGAGUGCGACCGGCGCAUGCGCUCUGUUGGUGGGGGCAGCAGCAACAAGGAUGGCCGCGGAGGUGGCAGCAGCUUCAGUCGAGACAGUAGGGAUGGCCGCAGCCGGGACAGCGACCGCUCCUCCUCCUCCUCUUCCUAUAGGGACCGCAGCAGCCGGGACGGGGGGCGCAGCUACAGCUCCAGCUCCAACUCGUACGACCAGUACCAGAACAGCAGCAACAGCAGCAGCCAGUACAGCAGCUCCCGGGGCGGCUCUGGGUCGGGGGGCAGCGGAGGGGGGCAGGCCCCACCACCACCUACCUCGGGCCCCCAGCCUCUCAUGGCCCAGCAAUUUAACCCUCCCCAGCCCAUGAUGGGCCUCAUGGGGCACUCGCCUUUCCAGUUCGCAACUCCACCCCCACCUCCUCCAUCGGGCAGAAAGUAAUGUGACGCACACACUUCCAAAUUCACACAAAUUUUUCAUUUUCUAAAUUAGUCAGAAAUUUCUGACUUUGUAAGGAUUUAGCUUUGGGUCCUGGACAAUUUACCACUGUCACAUCAACAUUCCAGUUAUGAGCUGCGUUGGGUUCCAUCAUGUUAGAGCAGUGUACUUUGAAUUUCCUGCCUCGGUGAUAUUUUAGUGGUGAGCUCCUGUCAUUUUCUCAGCAUCAGAUUCCAUGACAGGUUUAGAAAGAUUUGGGCUGACUUCCUAAAUUUUUUUCUCUUGGUGAAGCCUUGUUGCUCGUUUGUUUGUUCAUGAAACGUCAGAUGAAUCAGCUGUCAUUGGUUAAUGUUUGGCCGAAAACUGACUCUUGUGUCAGUUGACCAGUUUUCGUUUGUUUUUUUUUUUGUUUUUUUUGUUUUUUUUUGUGGUAUGAGCUGCUACAGUGGAUUUGUAAAGUAUCUGAUUUUGCCUUUAGGUGUAUCAAAGGUAGGUGCUUCAGUUACUUUAUCUUGUUUGUUUCUAAGCUGUUAUGUUGUAGGUUCACUACAUAGUAUCUUUAUUUACUUGUUUGAAACCUUGUAAACCAUAAGAACAUGAGUUACUUGAAGAAAGGUGGAAAUCCAUAGACCUUGAGCAAAAUUAGUUAACAUUUUUCACAUGCAUACUUCCUAAUGAGAUAAUAAAUUUUCCUUAAGAACGUGGUUUAUUUCAGCUCUGUCUGAAAAUUAACUUAAGGAGCAACCCAUUUUAAAUCAACAUAUAUGGAUAUUAAAUUUAAGUUUGGCAAAUGUAGAGGAUGCUCACAGCUUCAUAAAGAUCUUUUUUUUUUUUUUUUUUUGGUGGUGGUGGGUUGGGGGGGUUACAGUUUAUCGCUAAUAUGGCAAACUCUCAGUGCUGAAUUUCUAUUAGCUUAAAAACAUUUGGCUGUGUUCACCUUUUACUGUCUUUGUUUUUCAGGUUUCAAUAAAGCUUUUCAGUGUAUAA